GCGUUCAGUGAGCUGACGACAUUCAACCAGAACGGUGUGUAUACAUCAACAAACACUGAGUGCGACUUGUAUUGCUUUUGCAUAUAUCUUUUGAUUUUAUUGAUCAUCAUUGAGUGAAGAGGGACAGAGUGUUCUUUCAUCAAUCAGUUUCGUUUUUUUUCAUUUCUUCACUCACAUCGAAUUUUGUUCUCUUCAAACAAGUGUUGUUAUCCGUGUGAUUUGCUUCUUUUGCAUUGAAUCGUUGAAAAAUUUUUGGUUUUAACCAAGAGAAGAAGAAGAAGAAAAAAAACGAAAGAAAGAUAAUGAAUCGAAAUUGAUGAGAAUUUUGCAUCAGAAUUUGUGAAAUAAUGGAUUAUCGAAAACAAGUUUAUUAUAAACGGGAAUAUCAGUUAUCAAGUUAGUGAGUUCAAACGUUGAGACAAAAGAAGAGAAGAAACCUGAGUGGUUGACAUAAUCGGUGUGCAAUCUAAAGGCAACAAAGAUAUAAAAAUACACUCCGAACGAAAGAAAAAGAGAAAAUAAAACAAGAAGAAAAAAGAUCAUUCGCUUUUGAAUGCAGACGAAUGAAUUAGGAAUCAAGCGAGUUCUUUGUGUGUGAUUAAGAAAUAAAAAGCAAAAAGGAACGACAAUCAAACAGGAACACAAACAAUAAAUAAAAAAACAAAAAUAAAAACGAAAAAGAUUCACCAGAGCCGAAGGAAUAAAAAUAUUCUUUAAUAAAAACGCUUAUUCACGCACACACACACACACUCGCUCGCUUGCUCGUAAGCAUACAUAAAUAAAAACACACUCCGACUCAAAAAUGCCGUGCUCAGCAGUUACACUAUCACUAGCCACAAUAGCAGCGAUUGUUUCCGUUGCGUUGCUGUCGAUCGCUUUCUCAACGGACAAUUGGCUUAGCUACGAAGUCAAAAGGAAUAACAUACAGAAUUAUGCGGCCAAACACCCGGACUCUCAAGCAUUGUUGGAUAGUGUAAACAACAAAUACUAUUACUACACUCGGACCCGUGGUUUGUUUAGAAUCUGCUAUCCAAAGGAGAGACCACCAGCGUCGGCCGUUGAAAUUUAUUUGUCGCCCGUUGAGACGCAUUGUUCAAACGUUGAUUACUUCCCCGACUUGGAUGACGAAAAAACAUUGCAGCCAAACGAUGAUGCCAUCACUCGUCUUCAUCUUGCACGUUCCUGCGUCGCUCUAUUCAUUUUGAGUUUUGUAUCGGUGUUCUGUGCCUUCUGGACUGGUUUAUCGGGAUGUUGGCGUCGAUCGGCUGGAGCCAUCACAGCUACUGCAAUUUUGAUGUUGUUGACAUGCUUAUUGGCUGCUGGUGCGAUGGGAUUGUGGCAUACCGUUGAAUUCUUCGAAAAGGAAAAGGUCGUCGGCGAGGAGUUCUACCAACAAUGGACAAAUGUUUUGCGUGACAACACACGUAUCUCCUACGAUUGGUCGUAUGUUUUGGCUUGGGCUGGCGUUGCAUCCAGCUUAAUUGCUGCCAUUCUCUUGUCUGGUGCUGCUGUCUGCUUGCGCAGCGAACGUGAAAAGGAAGAGCAAUUGAACUUGCAGUAUUUGAUGCCAGUUUAUCCACAAAAGCAACCACCAUACGCUUACGGCGGCUACCCACAGAUGUAUCCAGUUCACCCAUACCAUGGUUCUCAGUAUGGUCCGUACAAUUACUAAGCGAUUGAAAGAGACAGAGACAACCGAAUGAUUCCGGCGGAUUCAAAGAUAGGUCAAACAACGUGGACGACAUUGACUCCAACGAAUCACACAAAACAUUGACAGAAGACAUCGGAUAAUAAAUAGGAGAACGACGAUACACAACUCGACGAAGCAAAUUUACUCAUCAUUUUUAGCCACUUGCGAAAAAUAUUUGUGAAGACGAAUUCAUUUUAAACGCGCAUAUAUUUUAUUCGACGAUUAUAUAUUUUUUUAGACCAAGGAUAUGUUUAUCCGAUCGAGAAAUAGACGACGAUAACGAUGACGGUGACAAAUACAAUGAUAUAUAAUUUUUUUUUUCAGAUUUAGGACGAUAUAAAUGGAUUUAAUAGCGAGUACAUUUAAAUAUACAUUUAUGCAUCAAAUCGAGAGACAAAAACAAUAAACAAUACGAAAUUUCAGAGAUAGUUUCAUCCUGCGCGUGCUAUAUGUAAGGCAAAGUAAGAAACAAUAAUUUAGACUUAUGAAAUAGUAAAAAAAAAAAGCAGUAACAUUGAACGAGAGAGAAAAAGAACAAUAUUUGUCAUACUAUGGUUUAAUUAAAAUUGUACUUACUUUAGAUUAUCUUUGAUCGAAAAGUCAGUAAACACAUAGAUUUAUAUUUAUUAUCAUGUAAAAGAGCUCCAUUUGAAAUAAAGAAAUUAAAAUCCAA